AGAGUAAGUAGCAUUCCUUUUUCGUGGACAUGCUCCUCCUGUCGAGUGUCGGAGUUAGAUAUAGAAAUUUGAAGUAAAAUAAAGUUUUUGAAACAAUACAAGCACCGACCACACAACAUCAGCAGGAGCGGCAACCCACACCAAUACUGCUUUCUUGUUGCCGUCGUCUAUUAAGAGCGCGAUUUUAGUUGUGAUUGUGCAGCACAUGAAGACAGAGAAGAAAAAAACCGGGCAUUUCAUCAUUUCCUUUACGAGAAAUACAAAGGAGUAGCAAACAAUGAGGCUUUAUCUUCCUCCACCUCGUCGCACCACUUUGGCCGCGGCUACAGCUCCUCCUGGUCGCUCAUUCUUUAUCAAUCUACUCCCAGUUAUCCUGCAAAAGAUGAUCCUCCUUUGCGAGAUUCUGGUCUUAUCUUCACACUGCGGAUUUUUUUCUCAUCUCCGUUCUUGUAGUGCCACUGCCAGCACGACCGCCGCUUCGGGGAAGCAAGAGCGUGCCCGCCCCAACUACUACGACCCGGAGGAGGAGGUUUUCAGUGUGGCCAGGCACCAAGAAGUAGGUGAGCUGCUGCAGAGGUCGCACGACUACCAUCCUCUUGAAGACAGAAGGCAUGCAGGUGAAAGAACUGCAACUGCAAGGCCAACAGGCUCUGCCUCUGGUCCACCAAGAACCCUGUUUGCCUCCUUGCUGCAGGAAGAACAGAGGCAGCUGCAGAGGCGUAGGGAGGCGCAAACGCAACGGCUCGCCGCCGAUGCGUCGAGCCUGCUCACUGCGCAUCGUUUCAUGUACGCGCCGAGCUCCCCACUGUGGACCUCGGUAUCCAAGGCAAAUAUGUUGUCUGGGUCCGGAAAUAAAUCGCUAGGUGUGCUACUGUCAUGCAGGUUUUCCAUGACCACCCGCGAGGUCUGGCAUGUACGGCUUAGCAUGGCAACAAAAUUUUUUUGGUAAAAUCGCGCAACAAUUUCAAAUUUUUUCUUUUUCACGAUCCAAAUUUAGCAUCACAAGUCACACGAUUCUUGCACACGACGACCCACGAGACAUGUUUGGAAUGCAUAUUCGAUCGACCGAGAUAAGUGGUUUCCCCCUGACGCCUGCCCGGUUUUUUUCACUGAUAAUUUCGCCACGCACUUCUGCGAGGAACACAAGUGCGAGCUUCCCUGCUUUUACGAUAUCAAAUGUAAAAAUGUCUGGGUCUGGAAGAGUCAUGCUGUUUUUGCAUCACACAGAAGGUCUGGCAUGGAAGCUCUAGCAUCACAGGUUUCGAGAAGCUUCCGCAAUGCCGAAUCCGCAUGACAGGUCCCCUAUUCUGCUGACAGAAAGUGGGGAGCUUUUGCUACGUAUGCACGAGAGACUUUUCUGCGUUCUGAAAUACGCAUUACAAGUUGCAUUCUUCCAGACCCAGACAUUUUUGCAUUUGAUAUACGACACGGAAGCGCAAUCCUGUAUCCUGAGCAAGAACGCCCCCACUCCAGAGUUGUCAUGCAGAUUUGCAUGGACAGGAAGUAGACUUGGUGUAUUAAUACGCAUCCCCAUGAGCAGAGGAACCUCCAGUCGUGUUUUGGAAUUUGUAAUGGUGCGAACAGGAUGAGCAGACGCCUUUGUGAUCCACGGCUGUACUUGCAAAACUGAACUACAAGAAUACAGAGAAGAACUUGCCAUGCGUGACUCGCAAAACUUCUGGAUUUGUGUUGCCAGAUCCUCAUCUGGGUCGCUGGGAACGUUUUUACGCAGGAUGCCCUGCACUCCGGAAGAGGUUUGUAAGAACGUCGGCGGAGGUCGAGGAAGUGGAGGUACUAGUGCUAGUAUCCUGUGCAAAAGUAUCUGAUACUCGUAUUGCAAUCAUGCAUUUUACAAAUCUCUUUCUUAACGUAAAUCAGCAUGACAAAUUUCAUUCCUCAUGCUGAGGAAAUUUGUAAUGCGUUGAUGCGAGUACGAUACGGAUACUUUUGCACAGGAUAGCUAGCAGCAGUAAGAACCAGUGCCAGCGAAAGCCCUGCGCCCAGAUCAGUUUCCCGAGUUCGGCCGAGAAUGACGAAGAGCUGCUGAGAAGGUACCGCAUUUGCAUCAACGCGGGCGGUAUCAACUGUAAAAGUGUCUGGGUCUGGAAGAAUGCAUGUUUGUCAUGCUUGUCUGGCAUAACUCUGAAAUCUGUCAUGCACGUUACCCAAGAGCUCUAUUUUUCUGUGAUGCAGAAACGCAGUUUAUCAUGCAGAAUAGGCAACGCCUAGAAGCUCAGAAACUUGUCAUGCUGAGCCAGCAUUUGUGGCCUCAUCAUGAGACGCCACCCAGCAUGACAAGUUUCCAGACCCAGACACUUUUACAUUUGAUAGGCGGAGGAGGUGGCAGUGCGGGUAUGAUUAACAACCCGGUGUCCACCGCCGUGGCGUGCCAGUACGAUGUGAAGGGGAACAUGUGUGUGAUCACGUCUAACAGCUUCGGCUCUUUUUUCAAUAAAAAGAAGAAAGCGACCACCUCUGCGUCGUCUUUUGUCUCGGUUGGUACAACCACCACAAAGAGGACCUCCAAAACGAAAAUAACACAACGACGAACCAAACGCCAGAAGAUAAGAACUAGUACGAGGCAACUGUUGUGGAAAACGAAAUCGGCUGGUGGUGCAACGACCACUUCUAACGUGAAACAGGCAGCAGAGGAAGAUAUUCAACUCGCCGAAUCGGACCUGGAUUCCAUGGACCUCUCCGCCUUAAAGUCUACCGGGGUGAAAGCAUUCAAGCCCUUCAGCGAAUCGACGUUGAAUAUGCAACGUGCAAGAAAAGUAGUAGCGUGCUCGUACGAGGUCUAGGAAUAGCAAUAGGAUUGAUUUUCUGCGAUGGUGCGUGACGUGCUGACUCGAUGUUUUGCUGUCCCUGUGCCUGAUUCUGCAUGAAAUAUGAAAAUGAUUUAUUCACUUUCAAUGAUUCUGAAUGUGAAUGAAAUAUGUAAAAAUUUGUGAUCGAUUUCGAUCGACUACGACUAUCCUGAGGCGAUCUUCUACUAGUGCGAAGAUCUUCUACUCCUUUUCGCCUGUCGAUACUGCAUAUCGAAUGCAAAAAUGUCUGGGUCUGGGACGAGGAUGCGAACUUGUGAUGCAUACUUAGAUCACACAAAAAUCUGUGAUGUUUAGACAGCAAGAGGACCUCUCUUUCCUCUCGCCAAAAGAAGGCGUUUGUCAUGCGGAUUAGGCAUUGGGAAACUCCGUCUCCAAACCUGUGAUGCUAGGCCUUGCAUGGCGCACCUUCUGUGAACAAAAGCAGACGCAGCAUCACAAACCUCAGCAAUGUUCCAGACCCAGACAUAUUUGCAUUUGAUACUGCACAUGAAGCAACAGUUGCUGGACGAAGUGCACAAGACCACGCAAGCUCACGACGCCGCGCAAAAAGCGUUCGCCGAGGCGGAAAAGGUCUUUUUUUCCACGACCUGGAAAUUGAAGUCCUUGUUUCGUUCCUCCGCGGAAAAACUCGCGAUGCUGAAGCAGCAGUUCCCGAGCCUGCACCGUGGGGUUUGGGCCUUUUUGGCGGAGCAGAAGGGAUAUGAAUUGCAAAUGUGUCUGGGUCUGGAACCUUGUAAUGCUAAAAGUGACUGAUAGACGCACUGCAAAUAAACGCAGCUAUGCAUGACAAAUUUUUUGGCUGCCAUGUGUUACGUAUUCCGCAUGGCAAACUGCGUUUUUGUAUGACAGGUAAGAGGGCCUCGCUUCCGUGCCUAUGCAACACAGAUUCAUCUCGAGUCAUGCCAGACAAGCAUGACAAACUAGCAGUCUUCCGGACCCAGACAUAUUUGCAGUUGAUAAGGGACUCACGGCAGACGAAAUGUUCGCGGAGAACAUUGCAAAAACCUUUCACCUAUCCAGUGCAAAAAUGUCUACUGGGUAUGAAGAGUGUAACUUGUCAUGCUACAUCUGGAUCGUGGAAAAAUUUGUGUUGCAUGAUUACCAAGAGAUGAGGUCUACUUUUGAACAAGUUUAGAGGCAGUUUCUCAUGCAGGAAAGGCGUGAUAGAAAUCUCACAGAACCUGUCAUGCUAGGCCGUGCAUGCCAGAUCGCGUGGGUCAUGGAAAACCUGCAUGACAAACCUACUUAGCUUUCUUCCAGGCCCAGACACUUUUGCAUUUGAUAUCACUCGACUGGAUGGGCGAUGGAAGACUUGAAAUUAGCCUAUGACAAACCGGAGGUGGAGGAGAAAAAAGGUAAACAGGAGGAGAAAUAAGCCGGGGCUGGUGGUAAAUAGAGACAAAGAACUGUCGGAGAAAGGGUAGAAAAAGGGGGAAUGGAACUAAGUAGAAAUGAUCUUCUGUUUGAGCAAGUUUCUUCUGAUCUCUAGUUUCAGAGGUUAGUAGGGUACUAUCAAUGAUGAAAGUUUUGACUAUAAAAUUAAAAAUCUCUCGUCCUGGAAGUGGACGGGAUACUUCCUAGAACUCGUUUCUUGUUGCUGGUUUCGUUGUACUUACUACAUGUGUUAAACCGGGUAAUCCAGGAGGGCCGGACAGAGCAGAGUCUUUGUUCGCGGCACAUCCGCUUUCCGGUCGGCCCCUGGUGACGACCGAGAUUUAUGAGCUUUGUUCUCCUGUACUACCUGUUCGCUGGCAAAACAGCACCUGUG